AUGAUAACCCUCAGGGAGCUGUGGAUGAGGACAACAGCCGCAGCAUGCAGUCACGGCCCAGCAAGCGAGGCGGCUGCUGCAGCUGAUCGCCUGUUAGUGCUGCUGCAGCAUCAGGUGCUGCUGCAGUGUGUUUGCUGCGAGGGUACCCCAGCACCAGACCCUACGUAUUUCUUUCUCAUUGGGGUUGCAGCAGCAGCAGCAGCAGCAGCAGAAGUAGCAGCAGCAGCAGCAGCAGAAGUAGCAGCAGCAGCAGCAGCAGCAGCAGAAGUAGCAGCAGCAGCAGCAGUAGGAGUAGCAGCAGCACCAGUAGCAGCAGCACUAGCAGCAGCGGCGACAGGAGCAGCAGCAACAGCAGUAUUACUCGCAGCAGCAACAGUAGCAGCAGCGGCAGCAGCAGCAGCGGCGCUAGGAUCAGCAGCAGCAGCAGCAGCAGCAGCAGCAGCAGCGCUAGAAGCAGCGGCUGUAUCAACAGCAGCAGCUUCCCUAACGGGAGCAGCAGCACUAGAUAAAGCAGCAGCAGCAGCAGCAGCAGCAGCAGCAGCAGCAGCGUCCGGUGCAGCAGCAGCAGCAGCAGCUGCUGCUGCUGUUUCUGCCGCAACUGCGGUGACUAAAUAG